AUGCCGGCACGAACAGCUGCCUCUGACUUGGUGCUCGACGCGAAGCUGGAUACCGAAUUCUUCGACAGCUGCAUUCGGCACACGCGCUUCGUCCAAGGCCCCUCGGCCCGCGAGCGUCGCACUCGAAUUCGAGAAGUAUGGGACAUUGGCAGAAUCAUCGGCCGGGGGUCGUUUGGGUCCGUUCGCAUCGAGUCCUGCCGAACGAUGCUGUCUGGCCAGCAGAGUCAGUCGCGGAUUCGCCAACGAGCCGUCAAGAAGAUAAGCAAGGACUCCCGCCACCAGGGGAGGUGGGAUUAUCUCAAGGAAUUGGAGACUGUCAUCAAGUUCUCGCAUGAGCGUUAUGCUCCUCACUUCGUCCGCACCGAAGGCUGGUUUGAGAAUUCCGAGGACGUCUUCAUCACCCUCGAGUAUCUCCCACUUGGCGAUUUGCAGCACUUUAUGAAGAAUUCUCCAGCCUUUGAUGAAGAAGCAGUGCGACGGAUCACCGGGCAGCUGCUGGAGGGCAUCGCAUUCAUGCACGAUUCGGGCUUUGCCCACCGAGAUCUGAAGCCUGGGAAUAUCUUGGUCGAAGCCGCGUCGCCGGACUGGCUGGUCAAGAUCGCCGACUUUGGCAUCAGCAAGCGGGCGCAAGAGGGCGGGACAGACCUGCGGACCAUGCAAAUCGGCACCUUUGGCUACAUGGCUCCAGAGGUCAUGGGAUUCUUCUCUGGUAACGAUCCUUCUGUUGCGUAUUCCGUGACAGUCGAUAUCUGGGCGAUAGGCAUCAUUGCGUAUGAGUUGCUCUUCAAGAGACACCCUUUCGUCAACGUCAAAGACAUUCUGGAUUAUGUCACUGGUGCCGAGGAACUGAGAUUCUCGGGACGGUCUGAGCUGGGAACCACUGAAGUAUGCCUAGAUUUCCUUCGCAGUCUGCUCACACCGAACCCAGUUACGCGACCAACGGCUGGAGCGGCGAACAACCAUUCUUGGUUUGGACGGGAACCAUCCCCGAUGGACACAGAAGAACCACUCUUCGUCGAGGAGGCCAGUGUACCAGACGGCCCCAUGGCAGCUUUCCCUGCUGCCACCCCAGCUUCCGUGGCAUGGAGUGCAUCGCAGCUCAAUGGGGGCACGCAGACCACAGCGACACUGAUGCCUACGUAUCAGGGGCAUCAUCUCGACGCAAGCAUACUGAUUCCAGCCUUCAGACACCUGGAUCUCGAGAGGCUCGAUGUCGAGACGAGUGCGGCCCAUGGCGUCUGGACCUCGAGUCAGCGGGUCAACAACAUGCUCAACAAGGCCUAUCUGAAAACGGGAGGGAGGGUCGUCCUGUUUUUCUCGGUCAUCAAAAGUCGCAAGCUCUGCGGCGUUGCGCAGAUGACGAGUGAGAUGGACUGGGACAACACAGACGAGCACUGGUUCGAAGACGCGUGGUCAGGGUAA